AUGGCUGUGAAUGCAGAUGGAACCUUGCAUGAGUCUUACCUCAGCUUCGUCCAGGCAACAUCGACCUGUGUCGAUUUUCGAGAGCAAGAAAACUCGGCGUUGCGCGCCCAGGUGCACGACCUGACCGAGCUGCUAGCAGUGUUCAAUCUCUGCGGGUUACAUGAUCCACAUUUGAUUGCUGUGAGAGACCGUGCAUUUCGGCGCGACAUUACGUCGAAUUUGGGGCUGCUCCAGGCCUACGACACGAAACGUCAAAUGCUGCAAGAAUCCAUUAGAAGUGAGAUGAAGAACAAAGAGAUCGUGGAAGGCGUGACUCGUGAAUGCCAUCAAGAGUGCAGCAAAGUCUCCGAGUGCCUUGACUCCGGUUCGAGCGUUCUCGACAAGUCUGACUCCGCACUCGAUUGUCUGUACCAGCGCGUUGAGCUGCUCGAACGAGAAGUUGUUAUUCUGCGCCUGCGCCAGGAGCUUCUGGAGGAAACAACACCACGGCUAGAAUGUCCUUCAGGCAAUGUCGAAGCUGAUCAGACGUCGCAAGACCAGGAUGUCGAGAACGAGCAGGAGCAAAGAGAGCGUGAUGUGCUCUUGAGCAAGUGCUGGGAUGAAAGCACGAGGACUACACGAGAGCAGCAGGAGCGAAUCGCCGAGCUCGAGGACGCGCUAACUUUGGAAACAGCAAAGAAUGCAGCACUGCAACAGCAGAGCCGCGGCUAUCGGAAAGUACAGACGAUCCUCCAAGAGUUCAGCCGGCACCGCUCCUCUGCAUCGUAG